AUGUCGAGUUUUUCCGAUGCUGAUUUCAGUGUGGAAGGGAUUGACGAUGUCCAGGAUUACCCAUGGGAGAGUGUGGAAGGAUCAAUGUCCUGGGAGAAGUAUACCCAUCUCUCUAGUCUGGUGCAUACAGGGAACAAGGCGUUCCGUGAAAACCGGUUAGAUCAGGCGAUUGAGUCUUACUCAAGAGCUAACAACAUUAAAGAGCUUGAUCCCAUUAUCCUGAGCAAUCGGGCUGCUGCGUACAUUCGUGUCAGUCAUUUCCUUAAACACAGACCACCAACUGCUUCGGAAUACAGGCCACUGAGUGGCUCGGAUCCAACAACCCAUGCCGCACUUGCUGUGAAGGAUGUGGAAAAGGUGAUGAGUUUGCAGAGUGGCUGUGUAACCCCCUACAUUCUGAAAGCAAAUGCACUCAUCCUGCUAGAGAAGUACGAGAUAGCUCGAGAUGUUAUUCGUUCGGGUCUUCAGAUUGAUCCUCAAAGUACCCCUCUUUUGAAUUUAGAGAAGUCAAUGUCCAAUAUAUUUAUGAGGAGAAGCCAUGUAAAACCCCAGCGUACCGAUGAUUAUGAUUGCACUCUAUGUUUGAAGUUACUGUAUGAGCCCGUCACAACUCCUUGUGGGCAUUCUUUUUGCCGCUCCUGUCUGUUUCAGUGCAUGGAUAGAGGUAAUCGAUGCCCUUUGUGUCGGACGGUUAUGCUUAUUAGUCCCAGAACAUGUGCGAUCAGUGUCACUUUGAACAACAUCAUACAGAAGAACUUUCCAGAGGAAUACGCAGAAAGGAAGUUGGAGAAUGACAAUUUAACAAAUCCUGGUGUUGACAUGUUGCCUCUUUUUGUCAUGGAUGUCAUCAUCCCAUGCCAAAAGUUUCAGCUUAACAUUUUUGAGCCCCGUUACAGACUUAUGGUGAGGAGGAUAAUGGAAGGGAACCGCCGCAUGGGAAUGGCCAUUCUUGACUCAUGUACAGGUUCAAUAGCUGAUUAUGCAUGUGAGGUGGAGAUUACAGAUUGCGAGCCACUUCCAGAUGGACGUUUCUUUUUGGAGGUUGAAAGCCGCCGGAGAUGUCGUAUCCUUCGGAAUUGGGAUCAAGACGGGUAUCGCAUUGCAGAGAUUGAAUGGGUUGAAGAUACAUAUCCACCCGAGGGACCCGAGAGAAAUGACUUGCUAGAGAUGACACAAAAGGCAGCUGAAUUUGCUUCCCAAUGGAUAAAGGAUGCUCAAGGAGCGGCACAAGGAGAUAGAGUGAGGCUUGCGGAGCUUUUUAAAGCAGAAGGGAUGAAGCCCCCCACAAGGGACCCCGAGCGCUUCAGUUUCUGGCUUGCAACUUUAUCAAAUCGUAGACCUUCAGAAAGAUUAGAUCUCCUUCGAUUAAGAGAUACAAAGGAGAGGAUUCAGAGGUCCCUUCUUUAUAUGAAAGCUGAGGAGCAAGGAUGCAGACUGCAAUAA